CAAAUUUUAGCCUCUACACAUUUCAGGCUCUGGACUCACUGCGUGAUGGCGACGAAGUUUUCACUGUGGUUUAAUUCCUGUGUUUGGCUCGCUGUGUCACUAUGCGUUUGCUUUGCCUCGUCCCAGCGUCACAGGUCAGUUAAUGGGACAUCCCGCAUCAGAAGAGAGACAUGUGUGGAUGGCACCUACAACAAAAUCUGUUGUAAGUGCCCCGUUGGACAGCGAGUAACAAAGCACUGCACUAAUGAAAGUGAUACCGAAUGCAAAAUCUGCGAGAGUGACACAUACAACAGUGUCCCUAGUGACCUGGAGACCUGUCAACCCUGCACCUCCUGCGCACAGCCAAAUGCUAAUUUAGAAGUAGAGGAAGAGUGCACUGCUGGUAGGAACGCCAAGUGUCGAUGCAAGAAAGAUCACUUCUGCAGCAGUGAAAGUUGCACAAUCUGCCAUCCAUGUAAAAAAUGUGACAUUGGUGGUAUUAAACGAGCCUGUACAGCCAACAGCGACACAGUCUGCAAUGAAAAUGGUGGCGGUAAUUUAAGUGGUGGAGCUAUUGCUGGAAUUGUUAUUGUCGUACUUAUUAUUGCUGGAGCCAUUUCUGCACUAAUCUGGAAAAAACGGAGCAAACAAAAGAAAGAGAAUGAAAACCGUGAAAAUGACAAAAAGGAUGACACUCCUCUUCUUCCAGAUGUUGACAUUAUUCCUCACCUGCCUGAUAUUGCAAAGGAGCUUGGAUGGAGAGAUGCAAGAAACCUAGCUCUCCGCACUGGGAUAAAUGUGGCUGCUAUUGAAUCUUAUGAAAUGGACUACCGAAAUGAUGCUGAGGAGCGAACGCUACAGCUGCUGCUGAAGUGGGCGCAGAAGGAAGGCAAACAGGCCUCAAAGAAACUUAUCGAAAACCUUGAGGAAAUGAACCAAAAGAAAAAAGCAGACCAGAUCAGAGACAUAUUGUUAAAACGUAGUUCACCAUCAAACAAUCCUGCAAGUAACUGCUGACAUGUAUACACAAUGAAAUUGAAGGACUUUGCAAGAUUUUUUUUUUUAGAAUUCAAAGUUACCUCUUGAAUUUGAAUUCAGGUUAUGAAAGCUGACUAUGAGUUACAAUUUAUUUAAAUUUGAUUGUUUUUAGUUUUAGUUUUCAAUGUGAAUUUGUUAAAAAAAAUAUUCACUUUGAAUUGAUAUUAUUAAUUUCAUGAUCAUAACAAUAAUGCUCAUUUUAAAAAAAAUCAUGUGUCAUAAGGGACAGAUGAAUGUCUUGCUACAGCUUCUAUAUUAUGUGAUAAUAUUUGAUGAACCUGGAGUUUGUAAAAGUUUUGUUUCGGUUUUGGUUCUCAUGGCUUAUUUUUAGGUCUAUUACAUAGCUGUUAUCUAAUGCUAAUAAACAUUUUUCAAACUUCAAAAGAGAAAACACUUGAAAAAAAAAAACAACUAAUAAAAAUGUCCUCUUUCAUUGGCCCUUUGGCUGGGUUUUGCAGAACAAGAUCUUUGUUUAGAGGAAAUAUAUUAAAAACUAUCACCACUUCCUAGCUUUUUAACAUUAUUACACCAUCCAUCCAGUAAUUUCUGUUAAUAUAAACAGUGUGGCUGUGGUGUAAACAGGCUAAGAAGGGAAUUCCAGGUGUGCAGCACUUCCAGUUUUUCCUGCCUGAGAAAAACUGGGGUGUUCCCACAUGAGAUAUAUAAUCUCUCCAGUGACUUCUCGACCAAGGCUAUUGCUGUUUACCAAAACCAAACUAAAAUCUAAAACUGGAAAUGAAAAAAAAAGUUAACUAAAAAUAAAAACUAGGCUUUUGAAAAAUGCAAUAAAAUGAUUUUGUGAACAUGGAAAACUAACAUGUUUGUUAGUUUGGUUAAAUUUUUUUUCUCCAAAUUUUUAUCCUUAUGAGACUUUGAUGGAGAUUUAUUGGGAUGUUUACAAGACAGGGAGUCAACUGUUUUCAAAACACUGUAAUACCUGUACUGAUUUUCCUAAAUCUUGCCCUUCAUACAAUAAUGUCACAGUUCUGGGUCUUUCUGACCCAGCUUUUUGAGUUCUUGUGUUUUUAUAUUAUGGUUUAUGUUUUGAGUCCUUUGUUGUACUAUGUUUGUUAUUUCCCUAGGUUUCAGUUAUGGUUAUCAUAGGUUUAGUUCUUAGGUUUUGUAAUACGGCUUCACUGUGUUCCAUGUUGUGUCUACUGUGCCUUUCUGUACCAUGUUUCAGGUUCCUAUGUUCUGUCUCCCCAGUUGCUGUUAAGUUUACAUGUUUAGAGUUCAGUCAGUGUGUUUCCUGUUUUACUUUGAAGGUCUGUGUCUCAUGUCAGUGUUUCUAGUUUUGCUUCCCUUGUCUCAUCCAGCCUGAUUACUCCCAGCUGUGACAAAUAAUAAAUCAAAUCAAAUCAAAUCACUUUUAUUGUCACAUCACAUGUGCAGGUACACUGGUACAGUACAUGUGAGUGAAAUUCUUGUGUGCGAGCUUCACAAGCAACAGAGUUGUGCAAAAUACAAUAAUGUAAAACAAGCAAAAUAUAAA